ACAACGCACAUCAAAUCAAAAUAUUAUUAGAGUGCAAAUUCUUUUUAAUUUGUUUUAUUAAGUAUAUUAGAUUGCCAUUAAGUAUAGCUUGAGUGAGAACUGAAGUAGAAUGAGUGACAGCGACGAGAACGAAGGGAAAAGUGCUAAACAGGACGGGCUGCCCACCAAGCCGUCGACGUUGUUGUGUACGCCGACGUCGAAGUCAGCAGCGACAGCAACAGAUACAGAUUCUGGCAGUCAAGGCGAAGAAGAUGGCACCGUGGACAUGAUUCGCCGAUUCUUUUCACAGACUUUCAGUUUGACCUCGGACAACGAAGCCCCAACUGUGGACAAGGUAAUUCCGGAACUUACCUUCGAGGGCCUAUCGAUACACUGGCGCGAAAAGGGCUUUAAGAAGAUUAUAACUAUGGUGGGUGCUGGUAUAUCCACUUCUGCGGGUAUUCCUGACUUUCGUUCGCCUGGCUACGGUCUGUACAGCAACAAAAAGCAGCACAAGUUGCCUCACCCAACGGCCAUAUUUGACGUGGAGAACUUCCAGAGAAAUCCGGCCCCAUUCUUCGAACUGGCCAAGGAACUGUAUCCGGGGUCAUUUGUGCCAACUCCGGCACAUUACUUUAUCCGCCUGUUGCACGAGAAGGGCGUGCUACAGCGUCACUAUACUCAGAACAUCGAUAUGCUGGAGCGUCUGGCUGGCGUCCCGGAGGAGAAGCUCAUUGAGGCAAUUGGCAGCUUUAAUACGAAUCAUUGUCUCAACUGUAAGCAGCUCUACGAUAUGGCCUGGAUGAAGAAGAAGAUUUUUUCGGAUCAUCUGCCCAUUUGUGAGCAGUGCAAGGGCCUGGUGAAGCCGGACAUUGUUUUUAUUGGCGAAAAUCUGCCAGAUAUCUUUUACUCCAGUCCCGACGAGGACUUCAAGGAGUGCGAUUUGCUUAUCAUCAUGGGCACAUCUUUGGAAAUGCAACCGUUUGCCUCAUUAAUCCACCGGGCUGGUCCGCGCUGCAUUCGCCUGUUGAUUAACCGGGAUGCGGUUGGACGUGCCAGCUUCGCGCCCUGGAUGGACGCCAACGGCGAGGCACUGCUCUACGGCGAGGCUAAGAAUACGCGUGACGUGGCUUUCCUUGGGGAUUGUGAUGCCGGUGUCUGGGCCUUGGCCGAAGCGCUUGGUUGGGAAGACGAGUUACAGGAACUAAUUAGCAAUGGACAACGAGAACUGGAAGAGGGGAAGGACAACAUAGUUGUCUAUUAUGGAGACGAAAUACAGACUGCGGCUACUGAUAGUGCCAAGAAAUAGAGAGGGUAUGAGGCUAAAUUGAACUGGUUUUUCCGAUUUCAUUAUAUUAGAUGUUGCAAAUAUAUAUUUAGUGUUAAAUAGAA